AUGUCUGGAAUUUUAAACUACAAUAGUUACGGGACCAAUGCAACAAUUACGUCACCUAUAUCAACCGGUAUUAAUGUAGAGACAGUGUCACCAACAUUUUGUGUCAAGCCUGACCUUUUGGAGCUUUGUUGUCCAACAACCGGUUAUCAGUGUGGAGUAUCAUUCCCCCCAGUUUCGUCUGCAGCUGCACCACCAGCUGGAAGAGCAAAGUAUGGACAAUUUCCAUGGGAAACAAUCAUUUUUACAUACAACAAGCAAUUUUAUGUCGGCGCUGGUGUUCUUAUCGAUCAAUUUCAUGUCAUGUCUGUUGCUCACCGAUUCGAACGCUUUCCUGCUAGCAACACGACCUUCAAAGUUAGAUUGGGUGUGUGGGACACAUCAUCGAUGAACGUCCCAUUUCCAUACCUGGAGCUGAAUGUGUCAAAAGUUUUUGUUCAUCCAAAAUAUAACAAAACUAAUUUGAAGAAUGAUUUGAUUGUUUUGAGACUUACUAGUCCAGUUCCAUUGGGAAGAUACCCGACAAUUACAACUGCUUGCUUGCCAGCUAAGCCAAUUCCAGCUCCAACAAGAUGCUGGAUCUCAGGUUUUGGUCAAAAUGACUUUGUUAAUGGAACUAAUCAAGCCAUUAUGAAGGCUGUGGAUGUUCCAUUAAUUGAUUCAACAGAUUGUCAAAAUAGACUGCGACAAACUGCAUUAAAAAGAACUUUUAUUUUGGAUAAAGAAAGCUUUUUGUGUGCUGGAGGUGAGGUUGGAAAGGAUGCCUGCACUGGUGACGGAGGUGCACCUUUAGUUUGUAACGUUGCUGGUCAGUGGUAUGUCCAAGGAUUAGUCGCAUGGGGACUUAAUUGUGGACAAAACAUUCCUGGAGUUUAUGUUAAUGUCAGUAGCUUCAUUCCAUGGAUCAGAAGUGUCACAACAUUGAAGUGA